AUGAAAUUGAAAAUCAAGGCUGGCCAGAAUUCUGCAGUGUUGACUGCUGAUCCAGCCUGGAAAGUACGGGAUCUUUCCUCCCAUUUAUCGGGGACACUGCUCGAUGGACAAUCUAUCACUGCUUAUCGAUACGGAUUUCCUAGCAAAAGUGUGGCCGCCACCUCGGAUAUAUCAUUGCAAGAUGCUGGAAUUAAGGCCAACGAACAGUUGGUGGCUGAAACAAGCAGCAGCGGUCAGUCUCUUGCAGAUUCAACUGCUCUGAACGUUGCAAAUAGUAUCACAUCGAGUUUAUCAAAAUCUAGAGGACCAACUUCCGAAGAUAAGAUCACCACGGCCAACGAUAAGAUCGCCAACGUGUACAUAGAGAAUGUGGGAGAGUAUUUGAUUCUCCGAAACGUUCCGGAUGACAAUUCUUGUCUCUUCAAUGCCAUUCUGUAUGCUCUAACAGGCAGUUUCAAAUGGCCCGAGUUGAAUCUUCGACAUAUUGUGGCCGAGACCAUCCAAGGCAAUCCAGCAACAUACGACGAGGUUGUUCUAGGCAGACCAAUCGAUAAGUAUUGUGAAUGGAUUGAGAAGAGCGAGUCGUGGGGAGGAGCCAUUGAACUCGGAAUUUUGUCUGAUUUCUUGGGUGUCCGGAUCAAUUGCUUCGACGUGGAGCUGGGCAGCAUGAUGGUGUUCCAGAACGAGAAAGAUGUGCCUGCUAAAUUCAUUGUCUUGGUUUAUUCAGGCAUCCAUUACGACUGUUUUGUCACCAACAGUCAAUUGACAGAGACAAAGACCAACGAUAAGGGCAAUUGGACAACUCACGAGCUGGAAAUCUUGGGAUCAUGUGAUGAGUUGGUGUCGUUGCUCCAGAAGCGAAACUACACAACCAAUACAACCACGUUCCGUGUUCGUUGCCUUCAAUGCUAUGAAGUAUUGAUUGGAGAAAUGGGAGCUAGCAAGCAUGCAGAAUCUACGGGGCAUUAUCGGUUUGGCGAGGUGAAUUAG